AUGCAACAAUUCCAUCGCCCUGCAAACCUUUACUUUUUGGUGAUAUCAGCACUUCAGUGUACAUCUGAGUUGACUACAAGCAACUGGGGGACAACCCUCAUUCCCCUUCUCUUUGUAUUGGUUUUGAAUGGACUUAAGGAAGCAUAUGACGAGCAGAGACGCAGAACCUCUGAUCAAAAGACAAACAAACAAGAAGUUGAGGUUUUGACAGAUGACAAGAUAGUUUGCAUAAAGUGGAAGGAUGUUGUGGUUGGCGACAUUUUGAAGGUGAAUGCAGGGGAGGAGUUCCCUGCUGAUUUGGUGUUCAUAUCUUCAUCUGACCCACAAGGAUUGGCAUAUGUGGAGACAGCAAACCUGGAUGGGGAGUCGAGCCUGAAGAUUAGGAGGUCAUUCUACAAGAUGGGGAGGAUGGUGUUCCAAGGAGGGUGGGUGUCCCUCUCCAUCUUGGCAGGCAUGGUUCUCAAAUGUGACAAGCCCAACAUGCAAAUGUUGCACUUCCACGGCUCCAUCAACUUGCAAGGAGAAGGCAAGCAGGACAUGGAGGGCACCCAUAUCCUCCUCCGCGGCACCACCCUCCGCCACACUGAGUGGAUCCUUGGGGCCGUUGUCUUCACUGGCUCUGACACCAAACUCAUGCGCAACAUGAUCCCUGGCUCCCACAAAGUUUCAACUUUGGAAAAACAUAGUAAUUAUUCUGUGGGAAUUAUGCUGAUCAUCCUUUGUAUUUUGUCCUUAAGUUUGGCCAUAGCUGCAACCAUAUGGAUAGUACAACACACAGACAAAUGGCCUUUUUACAUUCCAGCUCACAGUCUAUGGCCAGAGCCAAAAGCUGGAUUGCCUUUGGUCUUUAUUCAAAUGCUUAGGUUUGUGUUGUUGAUGAAUGACCUUGUGCCAAUUUCCAUGUAUGUAACACUUGAAAUAGUGAAGAUGGUGCAAUGUAUGUAUGUGAAUUGGGACAUUGAAAUGUUCUAUUGUGGCACCAACACACCAGCUCAUGCUCGAGCUUCUGGCUUGACGGAGGAGCUCGGCCAAGUGAAGUACAUAAUGUCUGACAAAACUGGCACUCUGACCCAGAACCUGAUGGCCUUUGUGAAGUGUUCCAUUGGAGGGGUGUCAUAUGGGAAGUCAUCGGCCGAGUUGUCCAUGACCCCAGCCUUCCUCCCAGGGGGCACAGCAAAGCCAUCGCCUGUGAAGGAGUGCCUGGACUCACCUCAUUCAGUGCAUACUGUGGGGCACGAUCCUCUUCUGGCCGACAUCCUAAACAGCUCCCCAUCCAACAACCCACACACACAACUGUGCCGCGCAUUCUUUACACAUGUGGCCCUCUGCCACACUGUCAUCCCCAAUUACCUGUUUGCAGAUGAAGGUGAAGAACUUAGUUAUAAGUCCUCUUCACCUGAUGAAGUUGCUCUUGUCCAAGGGGCAUCAGAAUGUGGUUUUCAUUUGAAGAAGCGGUCACCUGAAGAGAUUGUUGUUUUCAUGGAGGGUCAAGGUUUAGAACAUUUUAAAAUAUUGGCUGUACUGGAAUUUUCACCAGAGCGGAAAAGAAUGAGUAUCAUUUGCCAACAGCAGAAAGGAAGGAUCAAGUUGUAUUGCAAGGGGGCAGAUGUGGUGGUGUUCAAGAGAUUGGCUACUUCACAGCAUGCUGUGGCCAAAGCAAGCCAAACCCACAUUGAAGAGUUUGCUCGCAGCGGCCUCCGCACCCUUUGCAUGGCAGAACGCGAGCUUAGCCAUGAAGAAUUUCGAAAUUGGGCAGUUCAUUUUCGUCAAGCCAGCUUGGCUCUGGAUGACCGUGAUGAAAAACUGAAUGCUGUUGCAGAAAGCAUAGAGAAAGACAUGAUUCUUUUGGGGGUAUCAGCAGUGGAGGACAAGCUGCAAGAGGGUGUUUCAGAGACUAUCACUUUGUUGGGUGCUGCUGGGAUCAAACUUUGGGUGACAAAAAUGGUGAAGGAGGGAGGGGGAGCAGUGACAUUGGCCAUAGGAGAUGGUGCCAAUGAUGUGGGCAUGAUCAAAGCUGCCCACAUUGGCGUUGGUAUCAGUGGACGUGAAGGAAAUGCUGCAGAAGUAGCAACAUUUUCUGCACAGAAUUUGUACACAAACUUCUUUGCAGACUCAUAUAAUUAUGUGUGGACAUUCUAUCCCAUAUUAUUAUGUGCCAUCCUUGAUGUGGAUGUGAGUGCUCCUAUGCUGGAGAAUAAUCCACAACUGUAUGUGGAGACGCAAUCUGAGAAAAUGGGCAGCUUCAUUCUCCACACAAGCAGUUGGAUUCUCACUGGAAUGUGGCACUCCCUUGUUGCUUUUGCUUUUCCAUACAUGGCCGCCUUAUCCACAAGGGGUGGUGGUGGGGAAAUUUGGGGCUACAGUGAGAUGGGUGAGACAGGUGGGAUAGGGUCUCUUGGAUUAUCAAUCUACACAACAGCAUUGGUGAUUGUCACAGUGAAGUUGGCCAUCAGCAUCCCGCACUACACGUUGCACCACCUCAGCAGCUUGUUCCUGUCCCUGGCCAUCUUUGUGGCCACCAUGUACUUCAACUCCAUCUCCGAGCAACUGAGUGUGGAUUGGACCAACGUCAAAGGCCAGGUCCUCUUCCUUCUUCACUCCCCAAGCUCGUGGUUGUUCCUCCUGCUGGGCCCACUUGCUGCAUGCUUACCAGACACCACAUUCCAAGUCUUUGCAAAUUGGAACUCUCCUCCCGAUUUCCGCAUAGUCCAAGAAAUGGAGCACAGCUUCAUUGACAACACCACCAAUGUGGGGGCUCUCCACCAAAUGUCUGCCGUGGAUCCCAUGGGGGAGCUGCUCCCAAAUGAACAAACUGCUGAAGAAGAUGACCUCACUAAAAGCAUUGAGACCUUCACUCCAAGCCAUUCUACCAGCAUGAAUGAUCUUCCCAAAGAAGAGCAAGUGUUCCUCUGCUGA